UGAUGAACAUUUGUUUUGGGUCAAAGUUGAUUUGCUCCAGUUUCCUGGUUUCGGCGGCAAUGCGUGCUAGUCUGGACGUUUUUGUGUCGAAAAGAUAGUAAAGUACUAAGAUAUAAUAGCACCACAUUUCGCACAGCAAUGAGUUUACCUCUGAACCCCAAGCCCUUCCUGAACGGCCUGACAGGCAAGCCGGUGAUGGUGAAGCUGAAGUGGGGGAUGGAGUACAAGGGCUACCUAGUGUCUGUGGACAGCUACAUGAACAUGCAGUUGGCGAACACAGAAGAGUAUGUGGAUGGAGCGUUGGCUGGUCACCUUGGAGAAGUACUUGUUAGGUGCAAUAAUGUUUUAUAUAUUAGAGGAGUGGAGGAAGAAGAGGAGGACGGAGAAAUGAAAGAAUGAUGGCGAGGAUGAGACUUAACAACUGAUGAUCUGGAUGAGUGUUUAAAUCUUAGUUUUUUUUUUUUUCAUUUUCACUAUGUGGAAAAUUGACCCUUGGGGAAGCAAGUUAGUUUUAUAUGUGUGAAACUUUCAAGAAAACAGUUUUUUUUCCUCUUCUUCUACUGUUUAUGAUCAGUAUGUAUUAUCACUGUAGAAAAAUAAAUAAAAGGAUGUUUAUUGUACCCAUUCCUAAA